AUGACUGGACGCGGAAAAGGUGGAAAGGGUCUCGGCAAGGGAGGAGCCAAGCGUCACCGCAAGAUUCUCAGAGACAACAUCCAGGGUAUUACAAAGCCUGCUAUCAGACGUCUCGCGCGUCGUGGUGGUGUGAAGCGUAUCUCGGCCAUGAUCUACGAAGAGACCCGUGGUGUUUUGAAGACUUUCCUUGAAGGUGUGAUUCGGGACGCAGUUACGUACACCGAACAUGCAAAGAGAAAGACAGUUACUUCCCUUGACGUAGUCUACGCCCUCAAGCGACAAGGCCGUACUCUGUAUGGUUUUGGUGGUUAG